AUGGGUAGAGAAUUGCAAAAGCGCAAGAACAGAUCUUCGAGGCCGAAAGUGAGGCCAAGGACCAUUGGGAGAACAAAAGCUGGAAAAAAGAAGGUCAAUUUCCUGGGCAAUGAGACCAUCGCAAAGAACUGGGAUCGCAGUCAGACCCUCGAGCAGAACUACAAACGCUUAGGACUCUCCACGAAACUGAACUCUGGCGCGAUAGGACCAGUAAAAAUUAAAGGUCGAAGACGCGAUAUUACAGAAGAGGCCAAGUAUGACAGUCUUGCUAUCGCAGCCACCAACUCGCAAGCGACAGCUAAACCGCAAGAAGUCCGAGUCGAGCGAGAUCCCGAAACAGGAAAAAUCACGAAAGUGAUACAGCCUGAGCAGGACGAGGCCUACCGCAAUCCAUUGAAUGACCCUCUCAACGAGCUCUCUGACGAAGAAGAUGAUGGCCAAGAUGGAGCGGAUUAUGGCAACGAAGACAACAUCAUAGCUCAAUUAGAGGCACAGGCUGCGCAAGAGGCUGAACUUGAGGCUAAGAGAAAACGACCAAGACAACAAAGCGCGAGAGAAGAGGAGUGGCUGGCCAAUCUAGUCAAAGCCCAUGGUGACGAUACAAUAGCCAUGAGCCGAGAUCGAAAACUCAAUCCAAUGCAACAAAGUGAAGGUGACAUAAAAAAGCGGUUGAAGAAAUGGAAGCAGAAGCACGGAUGA